AUGGCGUCGCAAGGCGACGCUCGUUCCUGCGACAAUUUUCACGACGACGACGGCGACAGCCGACGAAUGCUCGUGCGCGACGAGCUGCGCGACCCGUGCGACGAAUCCCCCAGCGCUGCGACGUGCUCGCGAUACAAAAUGAUCGCAUUCGCCAUGGGUCCCCUCUCGAACCGCAUUCAAACCCUCUGCUUAGCCAACGCCACUGCCGCCAUUUCCCGCCUCUCUCUCCGUGUCGUUUGGCUAAAAGACGAGGGGAUGAUCUACGUGCCGCCCAGUGAAAUUCUAUUGGGAGGCGGGGGAGGAGCGGGCGGGGGAAGAUCAGGGGGAGGGAGCGCGCGGUCAAGGGGGAAAUUCUCCUGGGGAAGGAGAGAGCCGAAGAGGGGGGCGGAGGGGGAAGUGACUAUGGCGGGGGAGAGAGGAGGAGGCGGGGCGAAAGCGGGCGGACGGGGAGGCGGACCGGUGGUGAUUGAUACGGGGGGAGCGUUGUCGCCCGUUACUGCCACAAGAGCGUUUCUCGCGCACCCGUUUGUGCCCAAAACGAUGCGGUUUGGGCAGUGCGGGCGCAGCAGCGCAGCACUGGACCCCUCUGAAGCGGAGCGCCUGUCUCUGGACGUGUGGGUAUCCGUGCGAGCACUCAACCGCACCAACUUCGAGAAGGUGGUGGGGUGUUUAGUGCUGGAGGAGUUUCACCGCUGCUACGCUCGCCUGCAGCCCUCAGAGGCUGUGAGAGGCAUUGUGGAGUCCACCAAUCUCAACAUGACACUUGUCACUCAGAGAACUGCCAUCUAUGUUGACCCGCCCUCCGACCAAUCAUCCUGCUCCGGUUGUCCUCCGGGCAGGCAAAUUUCCGACUGCGCCGCCCGGAGCAUCGCGAUGGAAAUUCUCCGCCGCCCGUCGAUCGAACUCACCAUCGCAUCGCAGGACCCCUCCCACCCCACCGCGAUUGCCGAUUUCUUUGACCCGAAUCGCGCCCCUUUCAUGCCCCCAUCGGCCGAGUUUAGAGCGGCCAGGUGCACCGAACCUGCGAUUAAAAAGCUUAUGGCAACGCCGGGCCUCAUGGAUGCCGAACCUGGCUCCCCUGCCGGACCUGGCAGGCCGAAGUUGCCCGGCACGCCUGGCUCGGAGGGUCAAAUGGGUGGUGCUAAGGGUGUGGGGGGAGGAGGGAGUGGAGGGGGAGGAGGGGGAGGAGGGGGAGGAGGGGGAGGUGGGGGAGUGAAACGGAGGCAGGGGUAUACGAAUGUGAGUGUCGAUGAGUUGGUUGCGGUGAUUGGGAUGGUUGCAGAAACGGGAAAGGAGGCGGUUGGUGUGGUGGAGGAGGGGAGGAGAGUGGAUGCUGUGGCAGUGGAGCGAGCAAGGAGAGUGCUGAUCGCAUGUCAACAACACGAGUUCGCUGAACUAUUGCUGCUCGCCAACACACAAGCCAUGCUGCACAUGCGACCAUCCCCAGCAGCAGACUUCAUCCGCGCCCGUGCCCGUGCCCGCAACCCCUCCUUCCGCAUGCUGCCGCCCGUCUGCUACUCGGCCCCCAUCCCUCCCAUCCCCCGCCAACUCUUCGCCAAGUUCUUUGUGGUUGAACCUUCUCUCAACCUAGCCUACUGCGGUCUCCCGAAAGUUGCCUGCACCAGUUGGCGCAUGUGGCUGCGAGCCAUGCUGCACCUGCCACUACCCACUCCCAACUCAAUCCCCUUGCACCUUCCGCCCCCACUGCUCCCCCCAACAGCUUCUCUCAACCUAGCCUACUGCGGUCUCCCCAAGGUCGCCUGCACGAGUUGGCGCAUGUGGCUGCGAGCCAUGCUCCAUCUCCCCAAGCCGGAGGACCAUCUUCUCGCACACAGCUACGAGGGCAGCGGGCUGGGGGACCUCUCGCAGAAAUUCACCGAGAAGGAGGCGACCCGCGCGAUGACAAGACGGGGGCUGUUCAAAUUCACAUUCGUGCGGAACCCGUUCUCGAGGGUGGUUUCGACAUAUUUGAACAAGCUGGUUGUGACUGAUGCGCCUGACCGGACCAGGGGGUGGGGCACGAGAGAGUUCUGGAACAAGGAGCUCUUUGGAACCGUACAGCCCUUUUUUGACCUGCUCAAAGACCCAGCCACGCAGCUCGUAUCAUUCCACGACUUUAUGCGCUUAGUGGAGCACCUUAUAAGGGGGCAGAAACCCCUAGACCGACACAUCACCCCUCAAGUGGACCUCUGCGCCUUGGAUCAAAUACAGUACGACUAUGUGGGGCACUUCGAAAACUUGGAGGACGGGGUUCGUGUAGUAACCGCGCGUUACAAUCACUCGAAUAUACACUUGUUUAAGUUUGGAAAAGAAGCGCAUGCAACCGGGACGGAUCUCAAGCUCGCUCGGCUAUAUGAUGCGGAGACAGUCCGACGUGUCUCCAAGGUAUACAGUAAGGACUUCAAUAUAACUCUCAACAAUAUACACUUUGAUGUCCCACUGGUCUUGCAAAAACUGAUCACAGAUGAGUAA